UAUAGUCAGGAUAGCUGUGACAGCAUGGAAUGUAAUUCUAAGCGAGUGAGAGUGUAAUUGUUAUUGAGUCCAAAAAGGAGCCCUAUUUGCAUUUUGAGGAACACAAGAAAGCUGCCAGAAACAUUUAGAGAGAGCAGAAAAGAGGAGCAAAAAUAAAGACAUAAAGGCAAGAGAAAGGAUUACGAAAACAGUUUUAAAGGAACAACACUUGGAAAAUGGAAAACCUUGACUUGUCCUCAAUGAAACUGGUUGAUCGUCCUGAGACGUUUGAUUUUGAGGGCAUUUCUAUGACCCACUACUUUACUGACAACUGGGAAAAGGUGAAGAACUUUCAGGCAAGACCAGAUGACAUUCUUAUCGCCACUUACCCAAAAGCAGGUACCACGUGGGUUUCUUAUAUACUGGACCUUCUGUAUUUUGGUAAUGAUGCUCUGGAGUGUGAGACUUCCCUGCCUAUCUAUAUGAGAGUGCCAUUCCUGGAGUCAUGUUUUCAAGGAUCUCCAACAGGGACUGAAAUGGCUGAUAAUUUGCCUACCUCUCCUCGCCUCAUCAAAACUCAUCUGCCUGUUCAGCUUGUGCCCAAAUCUUUCUGGGAGCAAAACUCAAGGGUUGUUUAUGUAGCUCGCAAUGCAAAAGACAAUGCUGUUUCCUAUUUUCAUUUUGAUCGAAUGAAUAUGGUACAACCCGAACCAGGAGAUUGGAACAAAUUCUUACAGAAAUUUUUGAAAGGAAAGAGAACGCUUCCCUGUGUGCUCACAGCCACGGAGGUCCUUUCCCUGUCUGAUUUCGCUCCCAUCCUGGAGCCAUCUGUCCUCGCUCCCAUCCUAGAGCCGUCUGUCCUCGCUCCCAUCCUAGAGCCGUCUGUCCUCGCUCCCAUCCUGGAGCCAUCUAUCCUCACUCCCGUCCUAGAGACACCUGAUCCCAUUCAUUCUCUUAAGUUAUCUCCUGGAUCGAUCACGCCUAAUCAAAAAGAUGCACCUUUUGGCAGAGAUGAAACAUCUGCUGCGGGGGUGGAACACCAAAUCCCAAAAUCCCUCUCUGCCGGUGUCUCUAGAAAGGCCCGCUGAGCCCGCUGUUGACCAUCGGGAGGUGGACAAAUCCAUUGCAGCUUCUUUGGGCGCCUCUCUGGCUUCUCGUCGUCAGAGGAAGCAUGCCACCAAAUGCCAGGAGGCGGUGGCCGUUCCUGCUGCCGACUGCCAGGGGCCACGGAGGCCGUUUCCCUGCCACUGCCAGCACCCACGGAGGCCAUUCCCCUGUUGCUGUCAGUGCUCACAGCCACGGAGGUCCUUUCCCUGUCUGAUUUCGCUCCCGUCUUUGAGCUGUCUGUCCUCGCUCCCAUCGUGGAGCCGUCUGUCCUCGCUCCCAUCCUGGAGCCGUCUGUCCUCGCUCCCAUCCUGGAGCCGUCUGUCCUCACUCCCAUCCUGGAGCCAUCUAUCCUCACUCCCGUCCUAGAGACACCUGAUCCCAUUCAUUCUCUUAAGCUAUCUCCUGGAUCGAUCACGCCUAGUCAAACUGAUACACCUAGUCAAGUUACUAUAUCAAGUCUAGUCAACAUAUCAAGUCAAGCCAAGUCAAGCCGCCCAGCCUAGUCAAGCAGCCAAGUCUAAUCAAGCUACCACAUCAAGUCAAGCCAUCAGUCAGGUCAAGCCGUCAAGCCAAGUCAAGCAGCCAAGUCAAAUCAAACCGCCACACCAAGUCAAGCUGUCUAACCAAGCCAAACCACCACGACAAAUCAAGCCACCACGCCAAGUCAAACCAAAACAUCAAGUCGUGCCAACAAGUCAAUUCGUCACUGCCGCACCAAGUCAAAUCAUCUCACCUAGUCAAGCUGUCCCACUAAGUUAAGCUGUCACGCCAAGUCAAACUUUCAAGUCAAGCCAAGCCAUCACAUCCAGUCAAGUCACCAUGUCAAGCCAAGCCACUACAUCUAGUCAAGCCACCUGGUCAAGUCAAGUUAUCUCGACUAGUCCAACAGCCAAGCCUAGUCCAGCUGCUAUACACUGGUCCAUCCUGCUGGCGUCGCUUGAGUUGCUCUUGUUUGUUUCAAGUUUUCCCCUGUUGGUUUGUUUUUAGUUCUAUUUUUGUCUUAUUGAUUAGUUUCUCCCUCAUGAGAGUUUUUGUUUGUAUUUGCUUUGUGUUUAUUCAAUUAAAAACCCCUUCAUUGCCAUCCUGCAUCUUGGGCCCUU